AUUAUAGUUUUUGUUUUAUCUGUUUUGUAGUCUAGAUUUUUUUAUUAUUUAAUUAUGAUCAAUUCUGAUUUUUCUUUUCUUUUCUUUGGAUGCUUGGGACAGUUCUUGGAAGAGUUCGAGUGGCUGUAAGACUACGACCUUGGAAUGCAGAGUUGGUUGCAGAUGCUGAUUUUACUGAUUGUGUAGAAUUGCAGCUAGAGGUGAGCAACCCUUCCAUACAAUUCAUGCUGUAUGAGACCAUGCUAAAGCAGCUGAAGGAAAGACGCACCUUGAGUAAGAAAGCCACAAAAGGAGUGACUGUAUUGGAGGUAUUUCUUCUUGGAGCUGUUGCUAAACUUCGGGCUGACUGUUGUGACUUAUCCCCUGCUUGUUGUGAAGGUAACUGAUUUUGCCUUGUCUUUUAGCCAUUUACCACAUGAUGCAACUUUUUCCAUGUGUUCGUCUUUUUAGUUUUAAAUUUUUUCUGCUUGCUUCAACAAAUUGCAUCUUUUUGGAACAAUUCGGUGGACUUGGGCUGCAUAACAAGCUUGAAUCCUUUGUAGGAUUAUAAUCCCUCCAGCCACGUUACUGUGAGAAAACAGAGCUGUGUUAUCUCUACUUCUCAUCUGUUUUUCCACUGAAAUUCUUUCUUGCUUCAUGUGCAGACCAAGACUGGAGAUGCGGCCAAGGCAGGGAAGAAGAAUGAUGUGGUGUGGUUCUAUUUUUCUUUUUUUUCAUUUUUUCUGUGCAGUUUUGCUGUCAUU